AUGUUUUCUCGUAAUACCUAUUUUGUACAAAAAAGAAAUUGUUAUAUUUUAAGAAUGUUCAUUUUGUACUUUAUUUAAGUAUAACUACGGACGAGAUGAUGUAAACACUUGUGUUUUUUACUGAAACGUGUCCAAAGAUUUUUUUUAUCUACUGAAAAUGUUGAGUAUUGUGAAUCUCAAAACUGUCUCUAUGUUUCAGCUUCAUGGUCUUUUCACUCCAUCCAAUUAAAAACGUUGAAUAUAGAUAAUUGUGGAGUGACGUUGGUUGUUGGGUGUCGUGAUGCUUUGGUGAGUUGCGGUACGUCAUUUGUUAAAACAUGUAAAUGUACUUAAUAAUUGUGGGGUUGCAAGAAGCAAUACCCUCAAUAAUUUAGACACAGGUCCAGUUCCCCCUCAAAGCCCAGUGAACUUUGUCAGGCAAGCAGGCCCAAUAAUUCCUUUCGCGCCAAAACCAAUAUAACGGACUAAGCUACGUGGACCCCAUCACAACAGAAACUAACCCUGCGCACAGAAACAGUUGAAGACACCAUUCUCACUGUGACACUGUCACUAUAGUUUCAUGCAAUCUUGAUUCUUUUUUUCUUUUCUUCUGUUUUUCCCUCAAAAUCUUCUCUUCCAUUAAGUUCUGUUCCGAGUUCCAUUAACCAGAAACAAAUUGUAUGAAUGUUUGGGAACUUAGAAAGAACGAGAAAACGCAAAUAAAACACAUUGUUGAUAUUUCUGUGUCUUGUGUUUUCCGAUUCUCAGGAAAAUGAUUCGCCACUUUCUCUCUGUGCAUCUUAAUCUCUUUGUAUUCUCAAUUUUGAUUUCUCAGAUCUUGGCGUUCACGCAUCCAAGCGAAGUGUCAGCUCUGCAGGAUCUAUACAGGACCUUUAACUACCCACCUGUGCUCAACGGAUGGAAUGGUAGCGAUCCUUGUGGAGAGUCUUGGACAGGAAUUGCUUGUUCUGGACCAUCAGUUAUACAGCUAAAACUUCAAGGAUUAAACCUCACAGGGUACAUUGGAAGUCUGCUAUAUAAUCUACCUAACUUGAAGCAACUUGAUGUCAGUUCAAAUAACAUAGAGGGCGAAAUUCCAUUCGGUUUACCCCCCAAUAUCACAUAUAUGAAUUUAAGCCACAAUUUACUACAUGGACCAAUUGGUGAUGUAUUUAGUGCUUUAAAUAAUCUCAAAGAAAUGGACCUUUCAUACAAUAAUUUCUCAGGAGAUCUACCAUAUUCAUUUGGUUCCUUAAGAAACCUUGCCAGAUUGUUCCUGCAGAAUAACAGAUUCACUGGAUCAGUCACCUACUUGGCUGAACUUCCUCUAACAGAUUUGAACAUUCAAGAUAAUCUGUUUAGUGGCAUUCUUCCGCAGCAUUUUCAAUCCAUACUGAAUUUAUGGAUUGGAGACAAUAAAUUCCAUGUGGCCGAUAACUCUCCUCCUUGGACUUUUCCGCCAGAUACCAUGUCAAUUGAGCAGAACACUAGUAUCCCACCCACGACUCAGGCAAAUGUCACCCAGAAUUAUUCUCGUCCCAGUGAGGCUCCUCCCAGAGUAAAUGAGACUCAUCCCAGGGUAAAUGAGACUCAUACCAGAGUAAGAGAGGCUCCUCCCAGAGUACAUGAUGCUCAUCCCAAUGUAAAUGAGGCUCAUCCCAAGGUAAAUGAGGCUUCUCCCGGAUUACGUGAGGCUCGUCCUAGAGUAAAUGGUGAUCAUCCCAAGGUAAAUGAGGUUCAUCCCAGAGUACAUGAGGCUCCUCCCAGAGUACAUGAGGCUCAUCCGAAGGUAAAUGAGGCUCCUUCCGGAGUAAGCGAGGCUCCUCCUGGAGUAAGCGAGGCUCCUCCUGGAGUAAAUGAAGCUCAUCCGAGGGUAAAUGAGGCUCCUGUCAAAGUAAUCAAGCACAAGAAAAAUAAUGUAGGUCCAGGAGGAAUAGCAUUUAUGAUUGGUGGAGGAACACUAAUGGCCACAGGGGUGGCUCUCUUUGUUGCAAUCCUUUUGAAUAAACUUCGUCUAGAGAGCCCGAACUUGAAGAGCUCAGAAAGCAGCCAUGGCUCAUUUCCUUCUCAUCCGACCAGUGCUACCAUAGGGGUAUCUUCUACCGCACUCGAGGAGAGCCCAAGCAUUCCCCUCUUUAAUUCUGCAUCCUUGUUGGGUCCUGUGAGAUUACUUUCCAUGAACCAUAACAAUACCGAGGAAACAUUCAGAAAAGGUUUUUCUAAAAGUGACAGAUACUCUGGAAGAACGAAAAUUUACACGGUAGCAGAGCUUGAGUUAGCUACUAAUUGCUUCAGUGAAGCCAACAUCCUAGGAGAGGGAUCUCUUGGCCCUGUUUAUAGAGCUAAAUUUCCGGAUGACAAAAUUUUGGCCGUGAAGGAGAUAAACAUCGCGCAAAUGUCUUUGAAAGAAGAGGAAAAGCUCUUGGAUGUCAUUUGCACGGUUUCCCGACUGAAGCACCCCAACAUCGUAGCACUCAAAGGUUACUGUUUGGAUAAAGGAAAGGGUCUACUUGUUUACGAUUAUGUUGGAAAUGUCACUCUAAACGAUGCCCUUCACAGCGAGGCAUGCGAACCUGUGUCAUGGGUUCACCGUCUCCGGAUUGCUCUAGGUGUUGCUCAGGCUCUAGACUAUUUGCACUCAGCGUUCUGCCGUCCCGUGGCCCACGGCAAUUUGAAGGCUGCCAAUGUUCUACUGGAUGAAAAUUUGAUGCCUCGAGUUUGUGACUGUAGCUUGGUUAUUUUGCGAACACUGACUAUCAGUCAAGUUGAAAAACCGGCUAAUGAGAUUGAUAUUGAAGAGAUGGGCUACCAUGCGCCUGAUCAUGGCCAACAAGGAACCGGCAGCAGAAAGAGAGACGUUUUUGCCUUCGGGGUGUUGCUGCUGGAACUGUUAACAGGAAAGAAACCUUUUGAUAGAGCCAGGCCGGUGGAUGAGCAAUAUCUGGUGAAAUGGGCUCCGCCCAUGCUUCCUUAUAGAGCGAGUUUGGAACAGUUGGUGGAUCCCCGCAUGAAAAGAACAUUUUCGUCCAAGGCUCUUUCUCGUUAUGCUGAUAUCAUCUCCCUCUGUAUACAGCCUGCAAGGCAACUCCGUCCUGCAAUGAGUGAAGUUAUGGAGUCUCUUGAAUCUUUAUACCAAAUGUUCGACAUUGAAAAGAGCGAUGUAGCAGAUGGUACUGAACUCGAUCCAGUUUAGACGUCUUUCCACUCAACCACCAUCAGCAUGUGAGUGUGAUUUCUCUUGCGGCAUACUUUCAAUUCCAACUGGGUGACAUUAACGGGCUAGAAAUCUUAGGUUGAUUUCUAUUGUAGCAUUUUUCUCUUGUAAAUCUGAUCAACAUAUUAUCGCUCCGUUUGUACGGACUGCCUACAUGAAUUAGCUUGAGUCGCACGUCGAAACUGUAAACUCACCCAGUUUUUUCACGUUGCUUGGCAUACCAUAAAAGGCAUC